GCGACAGAGAAAACCCAGAAAGGCAGGGGGGGGAAAAACAGCCCUGACUGAGCAAAAACUAAAAUAAAAAAGAGAGAAUGAAAAACAGGAGUUAUACAAGUUGCAGAAGGCAUGCUGCAAGAGACUGUCCAGAUCCAAGAAAGGGGACAGCAGACCAUUCAAAAGCUCGUUUCUGUCUUGUUAUGACUCAGAACUGAAAACAGGAUUACCCCAUACUUCUUAUCAUAGAAACACAUGCUGCCACUGAUCAGGAUUUUCAACGUUGGAUCUGUGGGAAUACCCAAAAGGGCAUUUAAUUAGGGUUUACAACACGGAGGGUGAAUCUGUCCAAGUAAAGACCUGCCAAACGAGUAGGCUGGACUCAUACAAAUUGAGGGAGACGUUCGAAUGGUUUGGGAGCUGCUCUCCAUCAUCAACAGACUAGACUGGGAGCUACGUGGAUGCUGGGUUUUGUUUGCUGGUCACUAAUGUGCACACUCUUUGGACUGGGGCUGUACCAUGUUGAUGACACACUGCUUCCUUAAACCCCACGGUUUGGGCUGGAUCAGCAUGGGAGGUUAGAAGGGCAGAUAGCACCAUGGGAGCCAAACAAAUGAAAUGCCUCAGUUCAUCCAGUCCAACACACUCACCCAAGGAGGAGUAUAUUAUUGACAAAUCUGAAGAGCAGGGGAAGUUAGUGGGGAACCAUACGGAGCAGCCACAAAGCCUGACAGAGGAUGCAAUGAAAUCCUCAGCCACCGAGCCAUUUCCUGGUCCAGAUCAUGCUGUGAAAGAGGAGAGCAGCACAUGGGAGGAGCAACUAUGUGCUCAGCAGGAGCAGCUGGAGAAGGAGAUGCAGGAAACAAGGAAAAUGGUGUCAAGGCUUCAGGCCUUGUUGCUGUACGGGUUGCUACCUGAGGACGAGCAGACAUCUACUCUGAGUUUUGGAGAUGGCAUCAUCAACUCAGAGCAGCAGCUGAUAAUGAUCCGCAGUCGCCUGGACCAGAGUAUGGAGGAGUCUUUAGAUCUGAAGAGAGAACUGUUAAGGUACAAACAGGAAGCAUGCAAUCUUCAGGCUGUUAAGGAUGCAUUACAGCAGAGAAUGUCUGUGCAGGAGGACUCAAUGCUGCAGCUCAAGCAGGAGCUGCUCAGAUCCAGCAUGGCCAGAGAGGAGUUAGAGAGACAGAAUGUGGAACUAGAAAGGAAGCUGAAUGAUCGAAACAGAAUGUUGAGUGAAUAUAAAAGAGACCGACUUCUGCAGCAACAGCAGCAUGUAAAGCUAAAUGAUACACUGCGCAGGAUGAAUGAAAGCAACUAUCAUAGGAUAUCAGGCUGUGAGAACAAUGGCUACAGCCACAUGAUGUACGCAUCUUCCACACUUCUCCAACACAGAAUUGGGGAUGAGCUACAGCUGGUACAAGAUGCUCUACGCAGUCUGAGGGACAGUUUCAGUGGUCAUGAUCCACAACACCACACGCUAGACACACUGGAGCAGGGCGUGGCCAGUCUAGUGGACUGUCUGCACACCACAGAAUCCAAGAAAAAGCAGGAGAGAAAGGGUUCAACCAAGUCUCCUGGACGAAAAGCCAAUCACACAGACCGAGAAUCAUGGCCAAGCUCAAAGAUGGCCCAUUCUCACAGUAGCCCAGUUCUCAGUGCCGCAGCCUCAACCAAAGUACUCUACUACACAGAUCGAUCGCUCACACCUUUUCUAGUCAACAUCCCUAAGAGGCUGGGGGAGGUCACGCUACAGGACUUCAAGGUAGCCGUGGACAGACAUGGCAGUUUCAGAUAUCACUUCAAAUCUCUGGAUCCAGAGUUUGGAACAGUGAAGGAAGAGGUGUUUCAGGAUGAUGCUCUUAUACCGGGAUGGGAGGGAAAGAUCGUUGCAUGGGUGGAAGAGGAUCAUGGAGAGGGCAUGUAGAACUAAAUAGUCACAGCCAGAUUGCAGUAACAAUUUUGAUUCAUUUAGAAAGUAUGUUUUGCCCCACAUAUACCUCAUCCCUGCAAUAUUCUGAAGCCUUUGUUCUUUCUUAACUGUGAAUCUCACCAUACCAAUUCCCUCAGACUUUACAGCAGGCAAGUGUUUGUCAAAGAGGGUACGAGUAUGCAUUCUGAAGAAUGAAAGAACAUUUUAAUAUUAUUUUUAAAAAAAAACUGUUUACAAAAAAAUUCUGAUACAAAUGUUUUUGAGUGUAUUCAGGUUGUUAUAUUAACUGCUUUUUCUAAAAAACAUUGAAUGUUUUGAAAAUGCCAUUGUGAUACAGUACAAGACAAAGAAAAAAAAUAAUUAAACAGAGUAUUUGUACAGUGUCAAAUAAUAAAUAGAUUAGUUACAUUAGUAGCUAAACUGUGACAAACAUAUCACCAAUUGUGUGCAUCCUGAUAAACAUGCCAUUUUAAGAUAACACAUGCAUGCACAGUAAUUUUUCACUAAAACUUUUGUCAACCUCUCCUGACUACCCUUCGAAAAUAAGAUGUGGUAAAAGCGGAGACCACUUUAUUUGUAAAACUUUGUAAAUUUUGAGCAUGAAAGUAUUCUUUUUGUAAAUGAUUGUACUUCCUUAUUCAAGUCUGCAUGUGUGUUCGAAGUGUUUGGUAUCUGUGUUGUAAAUAUAAAUGCAGCUCACACUUGUCCACCUUUCAGUAAACAUGUAUUGGUGUACAGAGGACUCUUGUU